AUGACGAUCCUGUGUGGUGGCAUCCCCGCACUGCUGCCACUGAUGCUUCUGAAUCUGCUUGGUGUCUCCUGGGCCCAGAGCAGCUGCACUGGUCACGCAGCCAUCCCUGGCAUCCCAGGCAUCCCUGGGGCACCAGGCGCUUAUGGCCAACCUGGAACUCCAGGGGUAAAAGGAGAGAGAGGUCUGCCAGGACUAGCUGGAGACCACGGGGAGUUUGGCGAGAAAGGGGAUCCAGGGACCCCUGGGAAUCCAGGAAAAGUUGGCCCUAAGGGUCCCAUUGGCCCCAAAGGCUCCCCAGGACUCCCUGGAUUCCGUGGCCAAAAGGGUGAAUCGGGAGACUACAAGGCCACGCAGAAAAUUGCCUUUUCCGCCAAGCGGAACACCAACAGUCCCCUGCGGCGGGACCAGGCCAUCCGCUUCGAACAGGUGAUCACCAACGAGAACAACAACUAUGAACCCCGCAAUGGCAAGUUCACGUGCAGGGUGCCGGGCCUCUACUACUUCACCUACCACGCCAGCUCUCGUGGGAACCUGUGCGUAAAUCUCGUCCGAGGCCGGGAACGCCUUCAGAAGGUGGUCACCUUCUGUGACUACGCCCAGAACACCUUCCAGGUGGCCACGGGCGGCGUGGUCCUCAAGCUGGAGCAGGGCGAGAACGUGUACCUGCAGGCCACUGACAAGAACUCCUUGCUGGGCAUGGAAGGCGCUAACAGCAUCUUCUCUGGGUUCCUGCUCUUCCCAGACAUAGAGGCAUGA